UUUCCUUCAAAUUCCGCGGUGAGAUAUAUGUUUUUUUUGCGUAGACCUACUCGCCGAAAUUGGAAUUUUGUGUUAAAAAACGUAAAGAAACCAACUCAAUCAAGUAAAAAAUUAAAAAGUGUGUAAAUAAAUGUUUAAAUUUUAAGAAAAAGACUUUAAAAUGGUUAGCAACGUAGAAGAAAGUUCAAAAAAAGUCCCCACAUUUCACAUUAUCCGUGAGGUAUACGACAGUACCAAUGCUCAUCAACGCUUCGAAGCCGAACUCGACAAGGCUCUGGAGGCCAAAGUUGAUUAUAUUAUCAUAGAGCCACCAAGAUUGGGUGAUGAAACGGGCCGUUGGAUAACAGUGGGCAAUUGUUUGCAUAAAACAGCUGUUGUGUCGGGUAUGGCAUCAUUGCUGUCAAGUCUUUUGUGGCAUAACCGUCCUGUUAUUGCUGGUCCCAUGUGUGCCGUAUCGUUAUUUUGUACCGGUUUGUAUACAGUCUCAUGGAAUUAUGAUCCCUGCUGCCAAUACCAGGUAUUAGUGGAAAAUAAUGAAGAAGUUCUCAACAAACUGCCCUUAGCUGAUGUUUCUUCGCCUGUGAUCUUGGGCUACCAACCCAACACGAAAACCAAAUAUUUACAUCGCAGUGUUACUCUUCUGUCAGCUGCGUUUUGUGCUUGGCAAAUCUGGCGUUCGUACAAGUAGUUUAAAUAAGUAAAUGUUAAAAAUAAAAACAAAAACCUACAAAAAUAUUGUUCGAAAUGAACUCCCCCUGCACAUUUAUUUAAAGCAGCUUUCUUAAAGGUUUAAAAAAAAAAUAAAACGAAAAUAAUGUAUUUUAAUAUUAAAAAAGGAAGAAGUGAGAGUGAAAAAAUUAACAAACAAAAAAAAGAAAACCAAAAUAUCUCAGUUUUAUUUUAUACAUACUACUUGUUUAUUUUUUAUAAUUUAAUUAAAAAAAUCAAGCCAGUGUAUUUUGUUUCAAACAAGAUACCAUCCAUUAAUAUGUUUCAUAAAACAGAACUUUUUUAAAUUAUAUUAAAUGAGAUGCAUUUUUUAUUAAUUAUAAACUAGGAAGACAUUUGUUAAAUUGUGUACGUUUUGCUUGUGGUUGUUUUUUUGCUGUUUUUUUUAACACACUUACAAACAUGUCGUCCUUCCAGUGUUUCGAUAAUGUUUAGUGUCUACAAUAAAUAUACAAAUACAAAUAUCGAUUGCAAUUUAGGAAAUUUAAAAAUAUAAUACAAAAAAGUUUUGGUUUUUUAAGUUUCAUUUAAAUUAUAUUAUAGUUUUUAAUUUUGAACGAAUUGUAGUUAAACUAUUUUGUUUUUCAUAUGCUAAGAGAACCAGCAAUAUUUUUAAGGUUUUAUUUUCAAACUUAUAAAGUUUAUAUCAUUUGUAAAUUAUAUAUCUGUAUCAUAAAACUUUAAAAAUACUGUCUGAUUGAAUAUUAAAUAAAUUGAUUUGUAAACAUAAAUUUUAAAUUAUUUAGUGAAUUUUAAGGCAUUUUAAAAUUAUAAAUCUUAAAUUGUUAUAGAAUAUUAAAAAAAAAAAAAAAACAAAUUCACAAAAAUUUUCUGUAGACAAAAAUAUAAACCAAAAUAAAAAAGAAAUUAAACAAAUAAUUGCAAAAAA